CCUUCGACUUUUUAUUUUUGUUUUCGCAAAUAUAUUGAUUAAUGAAAGAUGGCGACCGUCGUUGCAGGCCAGUUUGACUUUUGGUUGACUGAAAAGUUAAAAUCUGCUAGUACGGAUAUCGAUACAGAUGUUUUUGUCAGCUAUAUUAUUAGUAUAUUAGACACAGAGUCAACAGCCGAAGAAAGGGAAGAAAGUAUAACAGAACUUUUAGCCGGUGUUGUGGAUCCAGGUUUAGCUGUAGAAUUAUACAAAUCCAUAUUACAACAGUGGGAUGCUGAAAAUGCCAACAAAAAAACAGAAACAGUUAAAGAGGAUAUAGGUGAGAAGCUUUCUGCCAUGUUUGGCAAGCAGACACUGGCCACUGUGCAAGAGAAGAAACUUACUAAAGAAGAGGCUGAUAGAAAAGCUGCUAUCUUAGCCCAGUAUGGGCAGGUUUCUGAUGGGGAAGAAUCAGAUUCAGAUGAAUGUAGCGAAAAUGAAGAUGUCCCCACCCUCGGAGCAGCCAAAAGUGACCCCUCUGAUUUAUUGCUCAUCAGAAAUGUGAACAAAGAGGAAGUCCAAAGAGCUGAGAGGGAGAAGAGGGAGAAGGCAAAGGAGGAACAAGAGAAGAAAAAAGAGAAAGACAAACAAGAUCGGGUAGCCCAGAAACAGAAACAACAAGAAAGGAAAGAGGCUGAGAAGAAACGCACUUCCAAGGGAGAGAAGAAAAGAUAGCACCCAUAAUUUACAAUUAGCAUUAUAAUAUUAUAAUAGUUGUGUAGUUUUUUAAAGUAUUUUAAUUAUUAUCUUAAGAAUAAUUAUGUACAUGUUUGCUGGGCAUUCUUUUCUGCUUAAAGUCAAGAGUUUAUUUUUUGAUUUGUAGUUUUUCAGGAAUAUUUUUCUCAAAUUGACAAAUUUAAACUAAACUUGAUAUUGUUAAUUCCCUUUGUAGUGCAUUUUAUUCCCCUCACUGUAUUUAAAAAAAUUAUUUUUUAAUAAACAUAAUAUUUGUAUUUUAUGUUUAAAAACAUAGGUAUUUUUUAGAUUAAAAAAAAUUGCAUUAUAAUUAUUUUUUUGAGGGUUUUAUUUUUUUAUUUCAUGGACAUUAUCAAAAAGCCUUAAUAAUAUUGCAUGAUCAUAUAAUAUACAUUUUAAUUAUUCAGUUUGUACAUUUAAUUUUUUGAAAAUGACCUAUGUUCCGGAUGUUAGUUUUGUGAUUAUUAAAUAUCCCUUUUGUAUAAAAUCUACUUAUCUGCUUGGUUAGGGUUUGCUUACUGAAUCUUGGGCCUCUCUAGUCUAUAUUGUUGGUGAGUUUUGUGCACACAAAACCGUAGCGUUUCAUUGAAGUCUCAGUUUUGUAAGAAAAAAAAUUCAGAAAAUUUUUUACCUGAUGUUAACAAUUUUAGACACUUGUUCCAGUUUAUAAAAUUUUUAAGGAAAUAAAAUAAUAAAAGCUGGAAAAUGUUUUUUGGUGUACUUAAAUCAAAUUUUAUUUCUUUUGCCAACUCCCAUUAAUUUACCACAUUUAAAACUUACAGAAUUCUUUUUCAUAGUCUUAAUUUAGCUUCUUUUGAAAUUGCUGAAAAUUUUUUGAGUUUUUUGAAGUCCCUAAUAUUAUUGGGUGAGUGCAAUCCCCUGUGGUCAGGUUUUAAAAUGAGUUAUGGUGACAGUUUCAAGUGUUUGCUGUGACAUUUCAAUGUCAGCAGUGUGCUAGUAAGUUUUACUGUUUAGCAUCAGUUACUGUGCUUGUCAGUAUUUUACUGUUCAGUCUUAGUGUCACCCUGGGCCUGUCAUGUUGACAAUGUACUAACCCUGGUAAGAAAUGUCUGUGAUUUAAGAACAUAGUAUUGUAUUGUCACAUCCACAAUUUUCUCUACUGUUAACAUGUAACUGUUUAUGCUUACAUUGUGUCACCAAUGUGCUGUUUGAAGCCAACAUCACCUAUGUUGUGUCACCACUGGUGUUUCAAGCCAACAUUUCCCUUGUGUCACCAAUCUGAAGUAUCAAGCCAAUAUAACUCUUUGUCACCAUUGUGCUGUUUGAAGACAGCACCACCCAUAUUGUGUCACCAUUCUGCUGUUUGAAGACAGCAUCACCUAUGUUGUGUCACCAAUGUGCUGUCACCAUUGUGCUGUUUGAAGACAGCACCACCCAUGUUGUGUCACCAUUCUGCUGUUUGAAGACAGCAUCACCUAUGUUGUGUCACCAAUGUGCUGUCACCAUUGUGCUGUUUGAAGACAGCAUCACCCAUGUUGUGUCACCAUUGUGCUGUUUAAAGACAGCAUCACCCAUGUUGUGUCACCAAUGUGCUGUUUUACUAUGUUGUGAUGAUUUCUCUUAUAUCAGCAUUACAUUCUUGGAGCUAAAACAACAAUGGCCUUGUUUAACAAAGGGUUGUUACUGAGUGGUGUGUAAUGUAAGGGGUUGUCCACUAAUGAUGUAUAAUUUUAGAGAUUGUCCAUUAGUUACUCCUAAUGUAUUGGGUUGUCCUUUAGUGUUGUUGUACUGUAAUUGUAGUGUAUGGGUUAUUCAUCAGUUAUUCAUAAUUUGUUUCAUCAAUUUGUGAUGUGUAAUGUAAGAGGUUUGUCAGUCAUGAGUAAUGUAUGGGGUUGUCCUUUAGUGAUGUGUAAUGUAAGGGGUUGUCCUUUAGUGAUGUGUAAUGUAAGGGGUUGUCAGUCAUGAGUAAUGUAUGGGGUUGUCCUUUAGUGAUGUGUAAUGUAUGGGGUUGUCCAUUAGUGAUGUGUAAUGUAAGGGGUUGUCAAUCGUGAGUAAUGUAUGGG